UUUUUAUCAAGCAUUAACCUUAUUUCAAAAUUGUAUUCAUUUAAAACAAAUACAUUUUGAUGGUAGAGAAAUAUUUGAUACUGAUUCUCUUUUAUACAAAUUAUCACAAAAUGUUCCUCCUUCUCUUGAAAUUAUGGAAAUUAUAAUGUUAUUUCACAAACCUUGGAAAAUUUCUCCUGAUACUCUCGAGAAAUUUCUUAAAAAUAGUAGUCCAUCAUUUAAAUUAUUGAAAAUAUAUCAUGAUAGUACUAGUCCCAUAUUUAUUGGUCCUAAAAAGAUUACAACUUUUAAUGAACAACAUUUUAAUUUAAUCAAGAAAUAUGGAGUUAAAUUAUAUAUGUCUAGCUCGUUUGAUCCCGAAUAUAUUAAUCCAAUUAUUAUUCCAGAAGAACCUAAAACGAUAAGGCGCAAGUAUCAAAGUGCGAUUAUAGAUGAUGAUUUGGAUUUGGAUUUUAUAUCAACGACGGAAUUUCACUCUCCUUCAAUAAUCUUUAAUAUUCAUACUACAAAUUACACUAAUCAUAACGUUCAUAUUCAUAAUACUUCAAACAGUUCUCAACCAAUAAGACGUGUUUCAUCAUUUUUUUCAUCCUUUUUUGGAUCAUAUUAGGGUUUAAGAAUCAUUUGUGUGAGAUGGGUAUUGAUUUUAAGUGAAUAGGUAAAAAAAAAAAAAAAAAAAA